GUUACUAUUUAAUAUUUUUGCGUGUACAUAUUAUUUUGUUUUGUGCAACGUAUAUUUUUAAAGUUUUAUUCAACAAAUAUAUCACGUAUUUAUAAUGGAAAAUCAAUCAAAAACCAAAAGAAAAGGAUAUAUGACGAUUCCGCAAAAGCAGCGUUUAAUUGAUUUAAUGUCUGAAGAACAUGCCUUAAGAUCUGGUAAAUUUUCCCCAAACUUUACCAAACAAAUUGCUGACGCAAAGUGGAAUGAAAUUGCAAAAAAAUUAAAUGCUAUUCCAGGAGGUAGCAAAAAUGCUCAAGAAUGGAAAAGAGCAUGGGCAGAUUUAAAGACAAAAACUAAGGGGAAACACUGUCUGAUAAAAAAGUAUGCAAAUAAAACAGGAGGAGGUCCUAGUUGUUCUAGUAAUUUAAAUGAAAUAGAUGAACAGAUAUUGGCAUUAAUAAAUCCUACUACCAUAACUGGACAUAAUAAUGUUGCUGAGUCUAAUGUUGAUUUUAGUUUUCAUAAUGAUAUUGAUAUUAGUUUUGAAAUAGAAGAGGGUGAUGAAAUAGUUCUUGAUACCCAACAUUUUGAAACAGAUGAAGUAGUUGAAGAUAUUAAUCACUCUUUAUUACUACCAUUUAACAAAGAAAACAAAUUAGAUUUAAAAGACCUUGAUAAUUCCGUCAAUAAAAUCGAUAAUAUCUCAACUUCUGUUUUAACUGAAAAACAUUCAAAAAAAUUCCAAAAACAUCGGUCUAAUGCAGCGAUAAGAUUGCAAAAGAGUGUAACUGCUACUGAAAAAUUGGCAGAUAUAGGAAGAGAAAAACUGUUAAUAAAGAAAAGAUAUUAUGAUAAAAAACUUUCUUUACUUGAAAAACAGACCGAACUAUUAUCUAGACAAGUAUUCUCAUAUGAAAAACAAACUUCCGUCUUAGUACAAAUUCAGGGUGAUUUGAAAAGUAUUGCUUCUAAUACUGCUCAUUUUUUAAUCUAAAUCAUACUUUUUAUAAUUAUUAUUAAUUACUAUUUCAUUAAGAGUUUUCAUACAUAUUGUUUUGUUUUAUUUUUUUAUUUUAUUAUAUAUUCUACA